CAGAGGCUUUGCCACUCCGUGUCCGCAUCUGUUGGCUGCCUCCAGUUCGCUUUAGGCUCGGGCCAGAUAACCCUCUCUCCACCUUUCAGUCCAUCCACCUCGCCGCUUCCUUUCUCCACGCAGCCAUGAGGACCACUGUGGUUGCUGUUGUCAUGGUGAUGUCUUGCGUGAUGAUGGCGUACGCUGACGUGAAGCCGCAGAGAGAUUUCAACCUGCAGAGAUUUGCAGGGAAAUGGUACCGCGUGGGCCUGGCCUAUGACUCUCCAUCUUUUGCCCCAUUCAGAGAGAAAGUGAAGGCCUCCAUGGGCAUGGUCACACCACUGCCAAACGGCAAUGUCAACCUCACAAUGUGGGACGCCACACCUGUAGGUUGUCAGAUUAUGGGGUACCAAUAUGAGAAGACCGCCGUACCUGGACAGUUCACCUAUUUCAGCACACGCCAUAACAUGGUGAAGGACAUCACAGUGGUGGACACAAACUACACUGAAUACGCUCUGGUUCUCAAAUACAAGGCUUUUAACAGAGAGUACACACAGGUGGCGCUUUACGGUCGCUCUCAAACAGUCAGAGGUGAAAUAAUUAAUAAGUUUAAAGCCUUUGCCUUGUCCCAGGGUUUCCCCAGAGAGUCUAUUGUGACUCCACCUCCAGCAGGAAAUUGCCCACCAUCAGGAUCUGGACAUUAGGUUCCCUGAUGCACAUGAGAUAAGAGUGGCAGCGUAUACGGUUGUGCUGCUCCAGCUCUGGAUUCUCCGCUCCUCUCGUUUUCCCUGCAUUUACUAUGAAGUACUACAAAGAACUCUCUUUUUGCAAACGUCAUGAUUCUGGCUACAGUGAUGAUAUUAUCAGCAAAUAUUGCUAAUGAAAUGUAUACAUCAUCGUCUUGUACUUGCUUUUUCUUUCUAAUAUUUUCUACCUACUAUGUUUAUUGUUAUGCACCAAAAUACCAAAGUAAAUUCCUUGUAUGUGUAAACCUACAUGGCAAUACAGCUGAUUCUGAGUCAUGCAGUGUUUUACAUUAUUUUCAUAGUUCUGUUAUGCUUACAUAGUAAUAAAUAAACAAUAUUAACUAUUAA